AUUAAUGAUACCAUUUUUAAUUAUAGUAAUGCUGAAUAGAAUAAACAACUACCUAAGUAAAUAAAAAAAUUCGAAAAAUCCAUUUUGAUUUCAGGUUCUUGCUUUAUAAUAUACAGAUGAAUCCAAAAGACUUUGAUUUAUUUAACAAACAGAAGAAAGACGACAAGUCAAAAAUCAGUAUGGCCGUGAAUUUGCUAGCGAGGGUCAACGAAAAACAAGUUGUAUCUCGUCUGCUAACUUUACAUAGAAAUUGUGUAAUCUAAUCGGUAAAAGUUUUGUCAAAAUUCACAAAAUGCAAGCUGCAAGGGUGGUUUCCGGCGUCAAUAUUUUAAAAAAAGUUACAAGCAGAUCCAAAGUAUCUCAUUUUAAAAGAUGUAUUUCAACCACACAUUCUUUGAAGGAUUCAUUUCAGGUUCAAGACGCUGAUGACUUCAACCAGAGAGUAAAAAACAGCAAGAAGCCCGUGGUCGUGGAUUUUUUUGCAACGUGGUGUAAUCCUUGUAAAGCACUUGCCCCUCGUUUGGAGAGUGUGAUUGCUGAAACGAAUGGAAAGGUAGAUCUAGCCAAAGUUGAUAUCGACGAGCAUUCAGACCUGGCUCUUGAUUAUGACGUUGGCUCUGUACCUGUCCUACUUGUAAUACGCAAUGGCAAAGUCGAGGAACGACUUGUGGGUCUUCAGGACACCGACAAACUCCGAAAGUUCAUUGAUAAGGCUGUGGCUGCAAACUAGAACAAUCCAAUUAUGAUUAGUAUUUUCAAUUAUAAUUAUUAUUGUGAUCACAGGCCUUGAAUUGAUAGAAAUAUAAUAACAUACAAGAAUAUAAGAAAUCUGCAAUGUAAUAUUAUUACUAAUUUGGCUUUCAAAAUUAUAUUUAAAAUUCCAAGUACCAUUCUGUAUAUUCGCCAUGUUGGGUAUGAUGUAAUGCAAAAAUGUUGUUGUGUAUAUAGUUGAAAAAAUCUCUAACUCAA